GGCAGCACAGGUACUAGAGAAAUAUUUGAGUCUUUCUUUUCUCUGCCACAUUACUUGCCUGUGGUCACUCUCAAAAAAAGCUGUUGGUCUUUUAUUUAAUGAAAUGGCUUUCUUUAGUUGGCUUACGCAGGGCCGUAACUAGGAUCAAAAUUUCAGUCAGUUUUGUAGAAGUGUGACCUACAUCUCAUAGUGAAUAAAAUAAGUGCAGAAGAUGAGUGUUAUCUAUCUAUUUGCUGUUUAUGUAUUUAAUAAUUUGUUUAUUAAUAUUUGCAUGCAUGAUCAGUGAUAUAGUUUAAUCAAUGCUGAUGAAUGUGGUCUUAAUGAGAGAAAACCUGUAAAUGGUAGAUAUGAAAGACCAGUAAGUUUUGUAAGGCUUCUUCUGUAGCAUCUAUGCUCUGCUGUGUUUGCUACACAUUCACCAUGGCAGACAUUCGGAUGUAUGACCAGUUCUUUCAGAAUUAAAGUUCAAUGUGUGGCCAGACUUUGGCUUAAUCAAAAAAACAUGGUUUAAUACUGCAAUUUUUUUCAGAAUUGUGAGCAUGAAAUUUUUUUUAUAUUCUGGUGCAGUAUGAUGUACAGAAUAAGGACACAUUUAUCUUCAAAUGUUGAUAGUUUUAUUAUUUUAAACCAGAGAUAUUUUACAGUAACACAUUCUCUUUUUUGAUGUCUGUAAAACUUAGAAUAGGUGUGAAAAGGGCUUUGUCAGGCCUCUGGUGCAAAUGGAAACAGGCCUGGAUAUACUGAAAUCUAUGAGGCCUGGGGCAAUAAGCAAAUCUAUUGAUAAAUAUGGAUACUUUAAUUAUGUAAAACCUUGAAUAUUUUGCAGUAAUAUUCAGUAUAUCAAGGACAGUUUCCAUUUGUGCCAGACGUGUUUUACAAACAGAAAAGCGUGUCAAAACAAAAAGCAAAUUUGAAAAAAUGUGCACGUUAAAGUUGUCUUUCACUCCAGCGCUCGUUGUUGCUCAUGGUUUGUUCGUUUUAAGUUGGUGCAUUGGAACUUUUUAUAGGAGAAGGAGCUGUGUCUUAGAAUUGCACUGGCUAAAAGAAAAUUGAUUGAAACGUUAAACUAACUUUGAGAAUGAAAAAUAAUGUUUAUACCAGGUAUAUUUUUUUUUCUCUAUGUAUCAGUGCCAGUGUGAGUCACUCACAAAACAGCUCAAAACUAACGUAUACAACAUGAAAAGAAAUAAACAGUAAAUUCUACCUUUCAGUUUUGUGGCCAUUACCAAUUAUUGUUGAUGAAUAUUCAGUGUCAGGGAUACACAGAUGUUUUUUUUUGAUUACUUUUACAGCCAAAUUGACCGAUGGCUAUGUUUGGGACUUUUUUUUGUUGCUGAAAAUAAGAAUUAACUGGUUGUUUUUGUUUAGCAGUGUUCAAAUACAGUAUGAGUGCGCUUACCUCACUUAUUAAAUAAAAAUACAAUACAAAAUCGAUCAAGAAAAUUGAUGCUUUUGUGUUUGCCACAAAAAUUUUACGAUUCCAAUCUCAGUCAAAUCUGACUGAACAGCUCUGUUUUAAUAUCAGUUUAUCACAGGCAACAACCAGCCCUUCUGUAUAUGACCUUCUAUUUCUCUUAAAGUCUAGACUUGAAAUUGUCAUAUCCGACCUGUUUUUUUCCGCUCCAGUUCGAACCACAUCACAGUUCUUUGAACAUGAGGUUUGUGUUGUACUGGAGCCCACAGAUCUGAAUCAGAAGAAAAGGAAAAACUAGCCUGGUCUGCUUAACAUAACAGUAUUAGUCACACACAUUCUUACCAUCAGCUCCACUUCAGAUCGUACUUGGAGAUCAUUUUGAGACUCUUGUUAUCUAAGCUAAAAUUUAACGCCUUCUCAUUAUCCUGUGUGACAUCAUUUGACAUUUGAUAACACUUGGUAUGCUGCAGAACUUCUUUUCACCUUUCAGGCAUUGCCAAGCUUAGUAAACCAGGGAGCUUUUUUAGAAGCUGUGGGCGGAACCUGUUUCAGUCAAGAGGAAAGAUACACAUCACGUACUGUAGAAAGGAUAUUGAACAGUACUGUGUGGGGCCAUACUUAAGGAGUACAAAUGAAUGUCAUUAAAAUGGAGUAAUAUUCUAAACUGCAAGUCAUGGAUCUCAUAAUUAAAUGAAUUUGUAUUCAUUUUAUCAUUUAUAAUUAUCAGUCAGCAAGAGGAAAACUGGACCACUUAGAAUGUCAUCUGUGCUCAAAACAAAGUCUGUGUUUCUCUCUGCCUUUUCUCAUCUGUUUCUUGAUUUGAUAGAAUCACCAUGUGCUGUAAUGUUUGAUGUAACAGGAAAGUCAGAGAAUUUGAGUUUCUUCCAACCAGGAGCACAAAUGUCAAGCAGACUCUCUACCAUAAUGUGCUGAGUAUAGGAAAGAAAUAGAAAGUCAGUGGUAAGUCCCUGUUCUGAGUGCUGUACAAUAAAGUGAAUGCGGGUUGUCUGAUCCCUCCGUCUGAUUAAACUGAACUCCAUAGUUGCAUGAGCGCUUCUCUGUUCGCUACCCGUAUGAGGUGAACCAUUCCCUUUGUUGCUGUCGGUGAGGGAUGUGCUUCCCUCCUCCCUGACAACAGCACAAGUUCCCGGGCUUUUAAAUUAGCAGUUGGCAGCGCCGCGCCUCUAAAUAUAGGAGGAACUUUUUAGCUUUCCUGUCGCGGUGCUUCACGACAGCAGUGGGUGUAAACAGCACCUGUUUUCAUUGAAGGGCUCACAGUCAUGCGUCCGUGGCCUGCAAGAGGAAAACGGGCUGGCUGACGUUUUCUGCUGACGCCUUGGAAGGACAGUAUCUUUAGGGGUCGGCUAGACAUCCGGCUCUGUCUCUGCACCCCCGCACUGGCUGUGACUGAACAGUAGAGACUGAGAGACACUGAGCGAGCGAGAUUGAGCGAGACUGAUCGAGAUUCGUCUUGGUUGUGUGCGUGUCCAACUCCUCUUUGGGCCCGGGACAGUGUGUGUGUUUAGCUGCGGCGGUCUCUGGCCCCCGGAAUGAAUGUUACCUCGCUGUUCUCGUUCACCAGCCCGGCGGUGAAGCGCCUGCUGGGCUGGAAGCAGGGCGAUGAGGAGGAGAAAUGGGCCGAGAAGGCAGUCGAUGCGCUGGUCAAGAAGCUGAAGAAGAAGAAAGGAGCAAUGGAGGAGCUCGAGCGGGCGCUGAGUUGCCCUGGGCAGCCCAGCAGCUGCGUGACCAUCCCGCGUUCGCUGGAUGGCCGGCUGCAAGUGUCCCACCGCAAGGGCCUUCCUCACGUCAUCUACUGCCGCGUGUGGCGCUGGCCAGACCUGCAGUCACACCACGAGCUCAAAGCCCUUGAGUGCUGCGAGUUCCCCUUCGGAUCCAAGCAGAAGGACGUGUGCAUCAACCCCUACCACUACAAGAGAGUGGACAGUCCAGUUCUGCCACCAGUUCUGGUGCCUCGGAACAGUGAAUUUAAUGCCAAGCUGUCCAUGCUGCCGCGUUUCCGUAACCCGUUGCAUCAGACGGAGCCGCAUAUGCCCCAGAACGCCACCUUCCCGGACUCCUUCCCCCAACAGCCAGCCGGCAGCCUGCCGUUCACCCCCAGCUCACCCACCAACAGCUACCCGGGUUCCCCCAACAGCGGUACAGGAAGCUCUGCCCCGUUUCCCCACUCUCCAUCCAGCUCGGACCCCGGCAGCCCUUUCCAGAUGCCAGAAACUCCCCCACCUGCAUAUAUGCCUCCUGAGGAGCCGAUGACACAGGACUGUCCUCAACCAAUGGACACCAACCUGCUGGGCCCCAACAUGCCUCUUGACCUCAACAACCGGCCAGAUGUGCAGUCGGUGGCUUAUCAGGAACCUAAACAUUGGUGCUCCAUUGUGUACUAUGAGCUGAAUAACCGUGUGGGAGAGGCCUUCCAGGCCUCUUCGACCAGCGUGCUGGUGGACGGCUUCACUGACCCUUCCAACAACCGCAACCGCUUCUGCUUGGGCCUGCUGUCCAACGUGAACCGCAACUCCACUAUCGAGAACACCCGCCGCCACAUCGGCAAAGGUGUUCACUUGUACUACGUUGGGGGUGAAGUGUAUGCUGAGUGCCUCAGCGACAGCAGCAUCUUCGUCCAGAGCCGCAACUGCAACUACCACCAUGGCUUCCACCCCACCACCGUCUGCAAAAUCCCCAGCGGCUGCAGCCUCAAAAUCUUCAACAACCAGGAGUUUGCCGAGCUGCUGGCCCAGUCAGUCAACCAUGGCUUCGAGGCCGUCUACGAGCUCACCAAGAUGUGCACCAUCCGCAUGAGCUUCGUGAAGGGCUGGGGUGCGGAGUACCAUCGACAGGACGUGACCAGCACCCCCUGUUGGAUCGAGAUUCAUCUCCACGGGCCGCUGCAAUGGCUGGACAAGGUUCUCACGCAGAUGGGCUCUCCUCACAACCCCAUCUCUUCAGUGUCGUAGACCUCCAGCUCAUGGGACCCUCUCCUUUUAGGUUCCCAUGGAGACGAGUGGGUGAUUGGCUAGUUGGGGAGGGGAGGGUGGGGUUUGUACUCUACUUGAAGGCAGUUUGAACGGGGGCAUACGAUUUGACUGGCAAAGGGCAAGUCCUCAGUCAGCAAACAUCUGGAAGAUACUUGAUAAUUUUGUGUGACCAAGCAUAUUAAUUGAUGAGGCCAUCAUACUUGUGGCAAGUAUCCUCCUCCGGUCUUGUAACAGCAAGUGGUUUCCUUUUUCAAUUCUUCUCCUUUUCCAGAAUACAUCGCAGUAUUCCAUUGGGGGUGGGAGGUGUGUGUGGGGGGGUACCCACAGUGUAACUGGGGGCUGGUACAGUGAUUAUAUUGUAAAUGUACUGCGUAGUGGGGACUGAGGCUAGCUGACCGACCUGCUUAACGAAGAAUUGAUUAGCUAACUAGAAAUAUUGAGCCUCGGAUAAACUUACUAGAAAGUGUCUGCGUAGAGGUAAUGAGGUCAGUGUCUCGCAGAUACGUUUUAUGCUCUUUUUUUGAAAGAAAAUGUAGCAAAGGUGGAAGGAAAAAAAGAUCCAGUGGAAAAAGGAGAAAAAGUAAGUGAAUAAUCAAAAACCUUGUAAUGGGAAAUAAAUAUGGUGAGUAAAGGCAUGACGUUAGUGAGUAGGAGUACAUAGGCAGACUUGUGCAUAUGUUGCUCUACUUUUAUUGCAUUCAACUGAGUUCAACUGAUUUAAAAGGUAGUGUGUAGAUGUACUCAUUAUUAGAGGAAGUGCUGUGCAGUCUGUUUUUUGCCAGUGUAGUUUGUAACGUCCCAGGUUUUUAACGGAUAAUAUGUAUGGGAGAAGAGGCAAGCAUUGUUUACCUUAUCCAUGUCAAGUGGAGCUCCAGGUGGAAAUUUUCAUGAUGAUUUAAUUUGGAAUUCCGAUUUCUUUAUAAUGUCUACACAGUUAAAUCGUUGAGAUGUAAAGAAAGACAUUCAGAGUGGACUGAUUUGAAAUGCGCCUGUGUAGAGAAGCUUAACAGAACUGUUCAGAGUGGUGGUGGUAGGAACCAGACAUCUGCCUGGAAAAGCUAUCUCACUGAAAACUAUUGCACAACAUGGUUAUGAAUAUGCUGCCUGAUGCUUGAAACGUUGUUUUGAGAAUCCAUUCAUGGCAGUUGUAAAGCAAAAUAGUAGCACUAGUUUACCAUUACCAACAUUACAUACAAGAACUCAGAAGACGUGUACACUCUUAAAAAAGAUGGAUUUCGUAAAGGCAGUGGUUCUAUUAAAAACCCUCUUUUUUAGCAGGAAAAUGGCUCUAAAAGGAAUCAUACCCUUUACUAGAAGCCUUGAAGAGCCAUCUUUAUUAAGAGUUAAGGUUCACUGCGGUCUUUGGAUAUCAAGACGCCUGGUUCUCAUCAUUGUAAAGAAAAUUUGUCGGUAAGUUUCUCAAAACACCCUGAAUGACUUUGUUUACAUUUCAGUGACUGAAUUAUGCAGAAAUGUUGACAAAAAUUAGUAAGUCCCCUUGAAGAUCGGCUUCUGCUGAUCUUGAAGGAAUGGAAAUGUUAUAACAAACUAAAGACACAGGGCUGUUAGCAUUUAUGCAAAUUAAAUUGUGCUAAAUGGCCUCGUUGGCUUUUAUUCGGUUUUAGUUGUGUUCACUUAAAAGUGUUCCUUUAAGACAGUGUUGGUCACUCUCUGUCCUGGAAUGCAGCUCAUGAGCUGAUUACGAAGCCUGCCAUGAGUUGAAUCAGGUGAAAUGCAGCAGGGAGAAUAUUGAACAGUGCUGCAGCUCUUUAGGACGGAGAGUUGGGGAACACUGGUUCCUCUUACAUUGCUUAAAGCAGUCUCAGAUUGCAGCAAAAUCAGGACUUUACUGUUGCUCCAAGUGCACUGCACCAGCGCUGCACUCAGCAGAUCUCUCUUUUCUUUCAUUUCCUCAGUUUUAAUACACAGGUAUGAGUUUCCCAAAAGCACCACAGCACCAAAGUCCUAGUACAAUACUAGAGUGAACCACUCUGUUGCUGUUAUUCUUGGUACUGGGGACCCCAUGCUAUGCACAUUCUUGCAUUUUUCACACUAAAAUAUUCAGCCGUGUGUGAAAGUUUGGGCGCCCAAGUCAGAUGACAUGUUGUCUUGAUUUUCUAAAUGAAAAGAAGUUUAACGUUUUCUACAGAGAACACACUUCUGCACAUUUCAAUGCACAGUUGCUGCUCAUUUGCCAAAAUUAACGUAUUGGAAAAAGUAAAACAUAAAAUGUAAAAAUGCAAAAAUGUCAGUUUUAUGUUUUUAUUCUUUCAAUACGUUAAACACAGCAAAUAAAAUAGAAAUUGAACACUACAGUUUGCCAAAAAUUGCCAUAUUUAAGUAUGUCUGCCUUCAGCAAAUUAAUUUGACCAGGGGUGCCCAAACUUUUGCAUACCACUGUAUUUGACUGAGCUUGUGAAGGGCAUGAUCAGUUAACAGCUGAGCCUGUUAGGAUAGUGAAAACAAUGUGCAAUGCAAGAACUGAGAGAAAGAGUUCUGAUAUUUGUCAUUAUUGUUUGUCACGCUAGCGUGCUUUUACAGAUUUGGUAAUGAUGGUAAAGUGAGUAUAACGUUUAACGCUCUCUCUGAUAGUUAAGAUCUUACCCCUGUGAUCCUUUUGGGAAACUGGGCCCCAUUCAUCAUCAUGAGACAAAAAAGUCUUGCCUGAGCAUAUUCAGCUUUUUAAAAGUAAAACAGCUGAUUUUAUUCGAUGACUAAGUUCUAAAUGGCACUAUUGAUAUUGUUUUGUAAAAUGUAGAUUUUUGAUUAACUUUUCUUUCGAUUUUUUAUUCAUAGAGAGAAAUCCCAUCCGCUGUUUAAAAUGAUACAUUUUUGUAUUUUUUAAAGAAAAUAUAUUGUUGUUCUGUCAUAUCUGCACUUUCAUAAGUGGCUCCUUGUCUUUGUUUGCGUCCUUUUUGUGCUGUUAUUGCUGCGUAGUAUUUCCAGAAAGCAGUUUUAUCCAUGAAUAUCAAAACUCUACUGGAAGAUUCAAUAAAAUUGUUUCAAUAUC